GAACUGAAUGAGCGCGUGCGGCGCACGAGAGCAACUGCAGUUUUCAAGUGAUUUCUUCGACAAACAGCAUAUUUUAUUCUAAUGCGGAAGGUUGUCUUGAUUUUCCGGUAUGCAUCCGCUCGUGACAACUAGACAGGGCACACUUCAAGGCAAGGUUCUGCGCUCGAGAAAGGGGAGAGAUGUCUGCGCCUUCCAGGGCAUACCAUAUGCUGCCCCUCCCGUCGGAGAGCUGAGAUUUCAGGAGCCGCAAGAGGCGCCUUCCUGGAGCGGCGUUCGGACCGCGCAAAAAGAUGGAAGCGUUUCUACCCAGAAGGACUUUUUCACUGGCCAGUUUGUUGGCUCUGAGGACUGCCUGUAUUUGAACGUCUACAAACCUGCAGAAAAAGAAAAUGAAAUCAAGUUGCCAUGUAUGGUGUGGAUCCACGGCGGUGGAUUUUUCGCCGGCUCAGGAAGCUCGAGCAACUUUGGACCGGAAUUUCUGCUCGACCACGAUGUUGUCUUGGUCACUUUUAACUACCGCCUAGGCACCCUGGGCUUCUUGAACCUCGAUACGUCGGGCAUUGUUGGAAAUCUCGGUCUGCGAGAUCAAGUGGCCGCUCUCAAGUGGGUCAACAACAACAUUGCUGCCUUUGGAGGAGACCCAGGCGCCGUAACAGUUUUCGGAGAAAGCGCAGGAGGCGCCAGCGUCCACUGUCUGCUCGUUUCACCUCUAGCCAAAGGUUUGUUCCACCGUGCAAUCAUCCAGAGUGGCUCUGCCUUCAAUCCGUGGGCUCUGAGCGAGCAGGACGAGGCAAAAAAGUACGCACAAGAGGUCUGCCAGAAACUCAUCGGAAAUCAUGAAACUAAAGACAAGGAAUUCAUCACAAAAUUGAAAGCAGUUCCAGCUGAGAGGUGCGCGGAGGAGGGCAAUCAAUUGAAACAAAAGUACAAAUUGAAAACCGAGUUGGGGCCAACGAUUGAGUCCGCUGCAAAUGCAUUUUUACCUGCACACCCAGAAUCAUUGCCUGUAGCUGACGUGCCUUUAAUUAUUGGAGUAACCUCGCACGAAGGCCUGUGUGAAUUGCAAGGAGGCGUGGACUUUGAGAAACACUACAAAGAAAAUAUCACAGAUUUUGUACCUUGGAAGGAGCUGGGGAUUAGCAAAGACUCUCCUGAAUGCAAGAAAAUAUGGCAAGAAAUUGAUGAUUUUUACGAAAAGUUGGCAGGUGGCGAUUUUUUAGAAAAAUACACGCACAUCAAUUCAGACAUUGAUUUUAUGAAGGGAGUUGAUGACUUGGUAAGGAAAAUUGUCACAAGCGAAUCAAGAAAGGCGCCAGUGUUUUACUACCAAUUUUGCUACGACGGGAACCUGACGUUCUACAAGAAAAAGAGAAACAUUGUCAGAAAAGUAGGAGCGUGUCACACAGAUGAAGUUGGUUACUUGCUUACUAGAGACGCGAUUCCUUGGGAAAAGAUCGGCAACGAGGAUGACUUCAAAGUCACGGAGAACAUCACUAAAUUGUGGACGAAUUUUGCAACGUCUGGAAAUCCAACACCAGAGCCUGUUGAUGAGGUGAUAUGGGAACCCGUGAAGAGGGGUGAUGACGAUAGCCAAGCGGUUACACAGUUUUUAGAAAUUGACAAAAGGUUAUCAAUGCACCCUGAGAACAUGAAUGAGGAGCGGCUGCAAUUUUGGAGGAAUUUAUUAUUGAAUAAAUUAUAGUUUGUCCUUGUU